UCUUCAAGUUGUGUGACUUCAGUGUUUGCUUUGAUGAUUUUGUGCUUUGCAGCUGCAGGUCCUGUGCCCAGGAGUGAAUGUGUCUUAUCGCCCGUUAACAAUUCGCACCCAGUCCGUGCCUUACUGGAGAGUUUUACAGUCCUAUCCGGCUGCGCAAGCCGAGGCACGACAGCCCUGCCGCAAGAGGUGCACGUCCUCAAUCUCAGAAAUCCUGAGGAGGGUCUUGGCCAUCAUGAAAGAGAGGUCACGUUGCAUUUGAAUCCCAUUUCAUCAGUGCAUAUUCACCAGAAGCCCCUGGUGUUUCUUCUCAACUCUCCUUUGCCUCUGGUCUGGAAGCUAAAAACAGAAAGACUGGCACCUGGAAUCCGAAGGGUUUUCUUUGUGUCUUUAGGCUCUGUUGUUCAGUUUGAGAAGGGAAAUUUCUCCUUGUCGGCAGAAACGGAAGAAAAGCUCUUUCCUGAGAAAAAUGAACAUCUGCUACAGUGGGCCCAGAAGGAAUAUGGAGCAGUAACGUCUUUCACUGAACUCAAGAUAUCAAGAAACAUCUAUAUUAAAGUAGGAGAAGAUCAAGUUUUUCCUCCCUCGUGCAACAUAGAAAAGAAUUUUCUCUCUUUAAAUUACCUCGCGGGGUACCUGCAACCAAAACCAGCAGAAGGAUGCCUUAUGUCUAACUUACUCCAAGAAAGAGAAGUUCAUAUCAUUGAACUAAUCACUCCAAAUUCCAAUCCAUACAGCGCUUUCCAGGUGGAUAUAAUCGUUGACAUUAAACCAUCUCAACCCAGUGCCAAGCUUGUCAGAGACGUCGUACUUAUCCUCAAGUGUAAAAAGUCUGUCAAUUGGGUUAUCAAGUCGCACGAUGUCCAGGGAAAGCUGGAAGUGAUUACAUCAAAUAGUAUUGGGUUUGGAAAGGAAAUGGAACGAUCCAUGGCUAUGACUAAAUUGGUAAUACCCGAUAUUCCCUCAUCGCAUGAGAGUUUGAUCAAGUGGGCUUAUGAGCAUAACUAUAGUCCAGUUACUUCCUACACAAAAGCCCCUGUUGCUAACAGAUUUCAUCUGCAACUUGAAGAUACAGAAGAGAUGAAUGAUGAAGAAGACCAUUCCCUUCCUCCAGAGCUGACAGAAUUGCUGGGCCCUAACCCGCUGCCUGCUCCAAAGAAUCCUGCAUUAAGUGAUGGCCUGACUUUUCCUUUUCACAUUAACAGAGGAAGACAUGACACAGUGGGAGAAGGAAUCUUACCGUCCAGGGGUUCAGUGGAUACGUUAAUAAAUCAUGACUUUGAGCAUUCCCUCUCAAAACAUAAAGAACCGGAAGAGGUUCAGGGCAGUGCUGAUGUAGACCUGUCAAUAAAGUGUGAUGACAAAGUCAUGACCGUAGCUGUAGAAAAAGACUCUCUGCAGGCUAGCGGCUACACAAGGACAGAACUCUCGCUGCUGGAUCACUCUUGCAAAGCCAGGAUGAACAGUACCCAUUUCAUUUUGGAGUCUUCGCUGAACAAAUGCGGGACUCGGACAGCAUAUAUCUUGAACAAGAUUGUUUAUUUUAACUCUAUUGUCAUUCAGCUGUCAUCACCAGCUGAAAGCAGCGGCUUCGAUGAUGACGACAUGGAAUCGGGUGAUAAUGGAUUUCCAGGGGAUGCUGACGAGGGAGAUGUUGCUUUCUCAAGCCGGCCUGCAAUAGCGUUUAAUUGCACGCUGCACCAGCCAGAGGAUGACAGAGGCAUGUCCUGGCCUCCUGAACCACACAUCACCAAUGUGACCUUCAGCAUGGAGCUGUAUGAAACAGAUCUGUUCCUUGCUCCCUCCCAAGGACUCUUCCCUGUUGCUGAGAAUGGGCCAAUAUAUGUAGAGGUGUCUGUGACUAAAGCUGACAGAUCCUUGGGCUUUGCCAUUCAAACAUGCUUUGUUUCUCCGUUUUCAAAUCCAGAUAGAAUGUCUGACUACACCAUUAUAGAAAACAUUUGUCCUAAAGAUGAAUCUGUUAAAUUCUACAGCAUUGAGGUGAACUUUCCAAUGCCACAUGCACAGAAGGACAAAAAAAGAUUUAGCUUUGUGUUUAAACCAAUGUUCAACAUCUCACUGCUCUUUCUUCACUGUGAGUUGACUUUGUGUACAAAUAAAGACAAAGAUACUCAAGGACUGCCAAAGUGCAUUCCUCCUGAUGAAGCUUGCACCUCUCUCAAUGUGGAUAUGAUCUUGGCCAUGAUGCACAACAAGAAAACCUUCACCAAGCCCCUUGUUGUAACACAUGAAGGAAAACCAGAAGAUCCUUCCCUUCCGAAGCCAAAUGUGAGACAGCCACCUGUGUACUACGGUCUGGACACGCUGACUGUGGUGGGCAUCGCCUUUGCGGCAUUUGUGAUCGGAGCCCUGCUAACAGGAGCGCUCUGGUUUAUCUACUCUCACACAGGGGAAACAGCGGGAAGGCAGCAGGUGCCCACGUCCCCGCCAGCCUCCGAGAACAGCAGUGCAGCGCACAGCAUUGGCAGCACGCAGAGCACCCCCUGCUCCAGCAGCAGUGCGACCUAA